AUGGAGGCUGACGAAGUAUCGAAGCUAGCGUCAUCAGAAGAAGGGGGGAUUAGCAUAGACCUGGCGAUGGAGGUCCAGAAACACCCUAGUAUCGAAGAAAUUGCAACAUUCACCAUCCAGAGCACAGACACCUGGAUGACGCCUAUAAUAUCCUACCUCCAGGACGGGCGCCUCCCUCAGAACACAGAAGAAGCUAAAAAGAUCAAGAAGAAAGCGGCCAGGUUCACGAUCUUGAAUGACGCCUUGUACAAGAGAGGCUUCUCUAUGCCUUACUUGAAGUGCGUCGACGAGGAAAGGGCUAGAUACAUCCUGGAAGAAAUCCAUGGAGGAAUUUAUGACGAUCACGCUGGCUUCAGAUCCCUGGUGAACAAGGUAGUACGAGCAGGAUAUUUUUGGCCAACCAUGCAGGUAGACGCUGUUGAGAUCGUCAAGAGGUGCGACAAAUGCCAGCGAUACGGGAAUGUACAACGGCUUCCAGCAGAGAGACUGACGACUAUUGCUUCCCCAUGGCCAUUUGCACAGUGGGGAAUCGACAUCGUCGGUCCGCUACCCCAAGGUAAAGGUCAAGUAAAGUUCCUACUUGUUGCUAUUGAUUAUUUCACGAAAUGGGUUGAAGUAGAGGCUCUAGCAACGAUCACUGAGGCUCGGAUCCGGAGCUUUAUAAUGGGAGGUAGUUCGACAGCCAAGGUUUCAGGGAAUUUUGUUCAAACUUUGGGAUCAAGAAUCAGUUCUCGUCCCCAGGGCAUCCUUAGAAGCACAGCCAGAACCCCGACAGGAGAAACCCCCUUCAGGCUUACCUAUGGCACAGAAGCAGUAAUCCCAGUCAAAGUGGGGGUAAUGAGCAUCAGACGAGGAACUUUCAACGAAGGGAUCAAUGACGACGAACUACGACUCAACCUGGAUUGUCUGGACGAAGUAAGAGACAACGCGUCCAGCAAGAUGACGAAAUAUCAGAAAAAGAUGGCCAAAUACUACGAUAAGAGGGUUAAACUCAAACGACUGGACAUAGGAGACCUCGUCCUACAUAGGACCACCACAGCAACUAAAGACCCUACCCAGGGAAAGCUGGGUCCUACGUGGGAAGGACCUUACCGAGUCAUUCAUUACUCAAGACAAGGAAGUUACCACCUGGAAACCAUGGACGGACAAAGGCUCCCUCGACCAUGGAACAUUGAGCAUUUAAAAAAGUACCACCAGUAG